AUGGCUUCAAUAGACGUCGAAAAGCGCGCCAUUCUUGCGGCUGAGGACUUCCCGACACCUGACACAAAGGUCAACAACACCUCAAGAAGUCGUCGCAACACGCGAUACUUCCUCGCCCUCAUACUCGGGGGCCUCGCUCUCCUCUCAAUCGCGAUUACAUCCCAACGAUGUUCCGCCACAACCUCGCUGUUCACCAGCCACGCCGUCUCACAACAUCACCACAUCAUCCACCACGACGCGGAGCUUGACAGCCUGACCCAUGUCACUAAGAAGGAAGUUGGCGUGACUGCGGCAACGGCGACGACCUCGACUGCAGCUCCGGGUCGGACCGUGCUGAAGAAUUUUGAGGUUGCCCAGCCCGUUUUGUUGCCUGGUGGGCCGACUGAGAGUGAUGGGUCGACGAAAGGGGGUGAUGAGGGAGAGGUGUGCAGUGUGCUGCUGAUGAGGCAUGAUUUUGCUUUUAGUUAUGGCGCGCCUUUUGUUGGGGACUACACGCCACCUGACUGUGACUUCAAUCGGGCGGUACUCAACUUCAGUGUAGUGAGCCAGGGAAGGCAGUUCGAUCGGCUUGCGAUCAUGUACUUUGGCGACACCGAAGUUUGGCGCACAUCAACGGCUGAACCCACCGCCCCUCCAGGAAUUAGCUGGAUCUAUCUCAAGGACAUGACCCAGUAUCUCUACUUUUGGAAGUCGCCCCAGAGGGUCAUCUUCGAUCUGGGCAAUCUCGUUGACGACACAUACACUGGCAUCUUCAACACCACCAUGACCGCCAUUUUCUACAAGGCCGACGUGGAUACAGACCAAGCACCGCCAAGUGACCUGAUUCUGCCAAUUUCAGCACGACAGGGGGCAAAGGACUCCAUCAGCCGCUUCAUCCUACCUGAAGAGAACGCAUCCAACACCAUCAGCCUCCCGCGUAACAUCCAGCGCGCCGUGUUCUCCGUCUCUGCCAACGGCCAAGCCACUGAGGAGUUCUGGUGGAGCAACGUCCCCCAAACUGACGUCGCCACCUUUAACAAAACGGCGGGCGAGCUUCCAGGGCUAAGUCCCUUCCGUGAAGUGCAGGUGCUUAUCGACGGCCAGCUGGCGGGAGUUCAAUGGCCGUUCCCUGUCGUCUUCACCGGUGGCGUGGUCCCCUCGCUCCACCGACCGAUCGCUGGUAUCCAUGCGUUCGACCUGCGCGAGCAUGAAAUCGAUAUCACCCCCUUCCUCGGCCUGCUCUGCGACGGCAAGGACCACACAUUCACCAUCCGCGUGGCCGGCCUCGACAAUUCCGCCAGCGGCGGCGACGGCAACACAGCAACACUCACCGAAACAGUCAACGAAAGUUGGUACGUCACUGGCAAACUCUUCCUCUGGCUCAACCCCGACUCGGACGCCAUCACAGCUGGUGACCCCCCCGCAAUCGACGCACCCCCGCCCAAGAUCGAAGUCACCCGUUCCCUUGCCCAAGGCGAACAGGCUGCAGUGGGCGGUAGAAUCGCCUCGUCGCUCAACAAAACCCUCCACUACACCACCUCUGUCAAACGCGCCCUGCGCAUCACCUCCGGCUCAGCCUCUUGGACGCAAACACUGUCCUACACCAAUGACGGGUUGGUCGCGGAUUUUGGUUCGAUUCAAAUCAACGACAUGACGCUGUCCGGGACAGACGUUGCAGACAAGACGGACAAGGCAAAGGGUCAGGAAGGCUACUACCGCGCGACGUACGCCUACCCGCUCUUCUGCAAUUCCUCGUACGGCUACACCCCGGCUGGAAACUUGUCCAUAUCGGGGCAUUUACGACAGGGUAAAGAGGUCUCCGUUUUUGGCGCCAGCGUGUUUGCCACAGGCUUAGAGGCGUUUGCUCAGGUUGGUGGGGAUCGUAGCAAGGGGUUGAAAGGCAAAACGAGCAAGCUCUCAACCACCAAGGAGGGCACAGCCGAGUUCCGGCAGGCGGCCGACGGGUCGAGUAGUACCGGGUGGGGGGAGGCGAGACAGGUGUUUUGGUUUGGGUUGGAAGAGGGGGACUCGACGGAGGAUGCUGAUGAAGUUGGUGGUGGGAAGGGAAGAGGGGAGGAGCUGUAUUAUCGGGAGGUGGCGGCUGUGAAUGGGACGUUGACGGAGGAUGUGAAGAGGAUUGAGGGCGUGAGGGUGGGUGGUGAUGGUUCUGAGAGGAGAGUGUUAGAUACUGCGGCUACUGAGUUUGCUUAA